GUCCUGUAUUAAUUACUUGUUCAAAUCAGUCGUGUUCAUCAUACGCAAGGAUUAAUGAAUAUCAUUUUCAACUUUUGUUAUGUAAAAAUAUACCACUAGGCUGGUCACGAGCGAAUUUAUCAACUGUGGGCGAUAGAUAUCAAAAUCAGCGUGCACUUUGUGGUAUAAAAGUAAAGGAAAUUGUGUCUGGAGAUUGUGUGUAAUCGUUCAGCUUUGCAAUGAAAUGUCAUUACGAGGUAUUGGGCGUCACCAGAAAUGCCACAUACGAUGACAUAAAGGCUGCCUAUAGGAGGUUAGCUUUAACCUGGCAUCCAGACAAAAAUCUGAACAACCCUGAUGAAGCUAAGAAACAGUUCCAACGUAUCAAGCAAGCAUGGGAUGUACUUGGAGAUCCCCAUGAGCGAACCUGGUACGACAGUCAUCGGGAAGCGAUACUAAAAGGUGCAACAGAGGAUUACAGGGACUACUCCAUCAACCUGUUCCCGUAUUUCUCCACUAUGUGCUUCGAGGGUUAUGGAGACGACGAGAAUGGUUUUUAUGCCGUUUACCGUACCGUUUUCGAGAAAUUAGUUGAGGAGGACGCAGAGUUUGCUAAAGAUGACGAGUCUGAGGAGGAAAUUCCCGGCUUCGGCGAUUCUCAGAGCUCGUAUGAAGAAGUAGUGCAUAACUUCUAUGCUUACUGGCAAAGCUACAGUACCAGGAGGUCCUUCGCCUGGCUGAAUCCGUGCGAUUUGAGAAACGCAUCGAACCGUCGCGUGUUUCGGCUUGCAGAAAAGGAGAACAGAAAAGUACGUGACAAGGCGAAGCGCGAGAGGAACGAGCAAGUGCGUAACUUGGUCGCCUUUAUUCGCAAACGCGACAAGCGUGUACAAGCUCACGCAGCAAAGCUGGCGGAUCGCGCUCGAAAGAAUGCACGCAAAGUGGAGGAGCGCAAAAAGGCACAGGUGCUGGAACGGCAAAAGCUACUACGCGGCCAUACAGAAUCCGAGUGGUCCAAAUUUUCGAACUUCGAGGCAGAACUGAGGAAGAUCGAGGCGACCUUCAGUGGCGACAGCGACGAAGAUAGCAUGGACGAAAGCAACGUACUCUAUUGCAUCGUCUGUAAUAAGAUCUUCAAGACGCACAAGGCUUACAUGAAUCACGAAAAUUCGCGGAAGCACAAGGAGAAUUUUAGCGCGUUAGAAACAUCUAUAGCAGAAGAGGAGCAGUUCCUUCCUAGCAGUAGUUUUCAAGAAGCCGACUCGACGACCACGGAGUCAGUCGCGCCGAAUGAACCGAAGUUAGCGACUGAUUCGCAGAUGUUCGACUUCUCUUCGAGUCUUUCUGAGAAUGACACAAAAGAACCUGACAAUGAGGGCAGUGAGGACACUUCCCACGACGAACUGAUCUCGGACGAUGAAGAAAAUUCGAGAGAUUGUCAGUCAAUCACCCAGAAUGAAUCAAAAUUGGCUACUGAUUCGCAAAUGCCCGACUUUUUGAUGGAUCCUCCCGAAAACGACACGAAACAGUCUGACAACGAGAAUGAUGACGACACUUCUCACGAUGAACUGAUCUCAGACGAUGAAGAAAAGCCGAAAGAUUGUCAGCCAGCAAGUGAGAAAGAGAAAACAAACGAUGACGACGUUUCAUUGACUGAAGGACCUCGGAUGAAUUACAAUUGCUUCUUAUGUCUGUUAGAGAACGGGAAAGAAGAUAACAUUGCAUCUUCCGAAGCUGAACUGAUGUCGAAUGAUGAAGCAGAAGCCGCUUCAGAUUGUCAGAAAAAGAAAAAGAAGAGGAAUAGAAGGAAGAGAAGGAAGAAUAACGUACAGAAUCCUAAUCCCGUUCCAGAUCGUAUCAGUGGUAACAACAUAGGGAAUAAUGGCGAAAACAUGUGGUUGACGAAGAAACAACGUAAGAAGUUACAACAGAGAGAAGCAGCGAUGCAGAACAAAUCAAGACAAAACAACGAUGCACAACAAUCGACAAAAUCUGAUAAUGUGAAUGAAACGAUUACCAAUAAGAAGAAAAGUAAAAGAAAGAAUGGAACAGUUACUAAAUGCGAAUCCGUAUUAACAACAUUAGAAUUGUUUCAUUUAUUCAUAAAUGAAAGAAACGACACUAUACACGUUAAGAAAAAAGAGGAUAGUUCGUUUAUUAAUAUGGAUAUCUUAAAUAUUGGCAGCGGAGAUGCCACUUUACAUGGAACUUGGUCGUUUUGAUUAGGAGACUUGGUAUACCAUAACGAAGAUACCCCAACCCACAUGUAUUAUCUGAUGUAACAUUAUAUUUUUAAAUAUAAAAACAUCAGGAAAGAAUUGUAAAAGUAAAAUCACCUCUCGGACAAAGAGAAUCGUUGAAACUGAAUUUAAAUAUAAAUUAUGGAUUAUAUAAAUUGUGAUUUAUAUGAAUUCGUAAUAUAUUACUUUUUCUUAUUUUGUAAUUAGAAAAUAUAUCUUCUUAUUAAAUAAAGAUAAUAAUAAUAA